UUAGCGAUUGGUAAGCAGAGCCCUCCGUGUAUUUUGUGGUCACAGCCACCCACUGCAUCAAUGGGAAAAAGGCAGAUUGUAAUUACGUCAAACUAGUUAUUGUCAGUAGUGAUGGUUUUUCAAUUACAAGCAGACUUGCAUGGGAAUCAUGGUUAGAAACGCUUUCACCGUUCAGCGAAAAAGACAAAUUCUGGCUGUAAAAUGGAGCAUCUGCAGCAAAUCGGUGUCCAGCAAAUGGAGAAUCUGAAAACUCUAUACACCCAAGAUUGGCCCAAAUACUGCAAGGAGUAUUACUGCAUCGAUACUUUUCUGGAUCUGCAUAGAAAGAUUCCUCAACUGGAGGAUGUUAAAAUCUACGCUCUUCCCAAACUAGAACUUGGAAUAUUUGUGAUUGUGGAUGGCUAUCACAUUUUUCUCGGAUUUUUGGAAACUGAAGGAUCCGAAAGCCUUCUGAAUAAAUCUUUACUUCAACUGGACUUUUUUGGAGGCGAGCAGUUUUCUUCCAUGCCAAAGAGAUGUGUCAAAGCGGCCUACGAUUUGGCUCAAACAAAAAAACUAAAGAUUGUGGUUGAUUCUGUUACCGAUUUUUUGAUUUUAGACAAAGAAGAUGCUAAGAAAUUUCAAGUGGAACCACCAGUGGGAUUUUCUUUAAGGUCUCUACAUGUGGAGAAUGCUCCAUUUGUUGAUUCCCAAUGGGAGUGGACAGAUCAGGGAACUCUUUAUUUCAAUGAACGCCACAUUUCCUGUAACACCAGUGUGGGAUUGUUCAAAGACGAAGACAAUGAACUGGUGGCCUGGUGCAUUAGAGCCCAGGAUGGUUUACUGUCAGUUCUGCAAGUGAAACCUUCCUACAAACGAAGAGGACUUGGAGCUCUAGUUGUAAAGGAGUUUUCCAAGCGAGAAGCUCUGCAGGAAAGGGAUACUAUCACCGAAGUUGCCCGUGAAAACAUAGCAUCGUUAGCUCUUUUCAAAAAACUGGGCUUUAAAAUCAACGAUGAGUGUCGUUGGCUAUUGACUGAAGAUCCCAGUAGAAUAAUAAGAUAAUGUAUCUUAUGAUAUAACUUUCUAUUAACUAAAGAUCCAAGG